AUAUAUUACUGUCCCCAUAUGCUUAUCAACGUCGUCUUCUUGGUUUAGAUGAAUUUGCAAUAAAUAGUUCAAAUGACAUUGAUGAUGUUGAUAUGUUUGAACAAAUCCUAGCAUCACAUAUUUCACAUACAAAAUACCCGGUCUCUCCGGACAUACAUCCUUUUGCAUUUUAUAAUAGCCGUUUCUUAUUAUUUCCAAAUUUACCGACACCCCAAAAUUCAUUCACAGUUGUGGAUCCGCCGAUAAUGACAUCAUAUCUUGAUUUUAAUGAUAGAUCUUCACAGUGCAACGAUGAAAUAACAUAUGAAGAAUAUGACACUAACUGUCCCCCUGAAUUUUCUGAUAUAGAAAGUGACAACGAAAGUGAAAACGAACAAUAUAUUCCUCCUCCACCUAUAUCAAUGCUUCGGAGAAAAUCACUUGCUCCAAUUCCAUUGGCAAUAAAUUAA